AUGUUAGGAAAUUUAAAAGGUGGAUAUUCUGAUUUAUGGAAGGCCAUUAUUAGACCUCCGCGUGAUGAAUAUACCAUAGAAGAAUUAGGUCCUACUGAAUUUAAAAUUAGUGGAGUUAGAGUAAAGAGAACAGAUAUAGAUAUUAAAAAUAAGUAAGGAUUAACUCUUAAAUGCUCACAUUUCGAGCCUCUUAAACGUCCAUGCAAAGAACUCCCAUGUGUCAUUUAUUUGCACGGAAACAGUUCUUCAAGAAUGGAAAGUUUGAACUGUUUAAAAGUUCUUCUUCCUUAGAAUAUAACAUUGUUUUCUUUUGAUUUUGCAGGAUGCGGUUUAUCUGAUGGAGAAUAUAUAUCUUUAGGAUGGUAUGAAAGGGAAGAUGUAGAUACAAUUGUAAAUCAUUUAAGAUCAAGUGGAACGGUUUCAUCUAUUGGAUUAUGGGGAAGAAGUAUGGGUGCAGUAACUGCUUUGAUGCAUGCAGACAGAGAUCCUUCUAUUGCAGGUCUUGUCCUUGAUUCAGCAUUUUCAAGCCUUAGAUAAUUGGCAGAAGAUCUUUGCAAGUAAUACACUAAAAUUCCUAAGUUUGUAAUGUCAGCUGCAUUAGCGAUGAUUAAGAGCACUAUAUCAUCAAAAGCAAAAUUUGAUAUUAACGAUCUCAACCCCUUAAAAAAUCAUGUUUCUAAAGCUUUUAUUCCAGCUUUAUUUGUUGCAGCAAAAGAUGAUAACUUUAUAUCUCCGGAACAUACUAAGGCACUUCAUAAGGAAUAUGCAGGAGAUAAAAACUUAAUUAUGGUAGAAGGAGAUCACAACUCUUAACGUCCCCAAUUUAUGCUUGACUCUGUUGGAAUUUUCUUCUAUAACACUCUCUAGGUUGAGUUUUUAGUUCCCUAAUAAAAUAAUAAAUAAAAAUAAGAGAGUAGUUCUAACAUACCUGAAUUCGAAAAUUAUAAUUUGAAUUCAAGAAAAAUAGGAAAUCAUGGUGAUGUAUAGAAUGCACUCUAUUAAAUAGAUGAUAAUGAUGAAGAAUUUGAGCAGUAAAUGAAGAAAGCUUUAGAAGAAUCUUUAAAAGCCCCUGCAAGCAACAAUGAUAAUAAACAAGACUAGUAAUAAAAAAAUCUAAAUAAAUAAUUUGAUUUACUAAGUUUAGAUAAACCUGAAUUCGAAUAGUUGUAAAAACCAGGUAUUAACUCUAGUGAUAUUAAAGAUCAUGUAGACUAUCCUCAUGAAAACAUAGAUUUAUUGGAUAUGAAUUAAUUUGAUGGUGAUGAUUUCACUAACAACAAUAGCAACUAAAUGAAUUAACAAAAUAUUUAAAAUAUUAAUCAGUAAUAGUAGUACUAAAAUUAAGGAUUUUAAUAGCUACCUUCUUAAUAAUAAAACUAAGCAAAUAAUAUGAAUAGUAACAACUUAAAUAAAGCAAAUAAUAAUGAUAAAUAAAAUAAUUUAGCAGAAUACUUUUCAGAAUAUUGA